AUGAAGGAACAGGGAAUUUCUGACGUGGUCGAGGUCAAUGAUCAUUUAUCUGUGGAAUCAAAGAACUCCCACUAUGAGGAGGGAGCAGUGAUUGGCGAGAUUGAAGGAAAAGGUAAAUUUCGUAGAUCUUUCAGCACCAGACAUAUCCAAAUUGUUACCCUUGGUUCGAACAUUGGCUCAGGUAUUUUCAUUUCCACGGGUAAAUCCCUUCGGUUCGCGGGUCCCGGAAACAUGAUUGUCGGAUAUACGAUUGUCUGUGCCAUGGUCAUAUGUGUGCUUGAUCUGAUCACAGAAAUGUCUAUUGUUUAUCCCUCCAGUGGAAAUUUCAUUGAUUUUACGGAACGAUUCCUUGACCCAGCAGCGGCUUUUGCGAUUGGAUUAGGUGAAUGGCUAGCCUGGACUACAGUGAUGGCCUCUGAGGGAUCAGCAACGACAAGUUUGAUUAGUUAUUGGACAGAUGCCGUUCCUGUGGCAGCAUGGAUGUCAAUUAUCGUCGUCGUGACAUUUGCAAUCCAUGGUUUACCAAACAUUUGGUUUGCUGAGUUCCAAUAUGUUACUGCCAUUAUGAAGAUGGUCAUGUUGGUCAUGAUCACUAUCACGUGUAUUGUCAUGUGUGCUGGCGGAGGUCCAACUGGAUCAGUUCAUGGAGGACAGUAUUGGGAUACAACCAAAUAUGAACUAUUCAAAAAUGGAGUCAGAGGUAUUUCAUAUUGCUGUUUGUACUGCCUGUGGGGAGUUGGAGAUCAGGUGUUUGUGGGGAUGCUUGCAGGAGAAGCCAAAUGUCCUAGAUUCAGUAUGCCAAGAACAGUCAAGAGCGCGGGAUUGAGAAUUUUCGGAUUCUUUAUGAUUCUGGUGAUGUUCAUCACACUUCUCGUCCCAGAAACCGAUGAAAGGCUCUACGGAACUGCAGGGUCAAUUGCAAGCUCACCCUUUAUCAUUGCAAUGAAUGAUGCUGGAAUAAAAGUUGUGCCAGAUAUUAUUAAUGCUUUGAUGGCAAUCUGUCUGAUUCUCGGAGGACUUGAACCAAUCUAUAUUGCUUCAAGAUGUCUGAGACACUUGGCCAUUCGUGGAAUGUUACCCAAGUUCAUUGCUAACGUUGAUAAGAAAGGUAGGCCCUUAUGCUCCCUGGCGAUUACAUUUGUGUUCACCGUGGCUUUCACGUACAUGAACUGUGCCAGUACCGGUGCUACCGUGUUCUCAUGGUUCUCAUCUGUGACUACCACGAUUUUCAUGGUUGUGUGGGUUGUCCUUGGAUUGGUUUCUCUCAGAUUCAGAAUGGCAGUCAGUAAGCAAAAGUCUGGUAUUCUUGAUACUCCGUUUGCCUACAAGUCAAAGCUCUACCCAAUUGGACCCAUUUUUGUUUCCCUAGGUUCUUUCUUGAUUCUCGUGGGUUUAUUCUAUGCAUCCUUAUUUCCAGUGGGUGGAAGUCCAAACGCAUAUGAUUUCUUUGAAACAUACCUGGGAGUUCCAUUGGUUUUGGUUGCAUAUGUCUCCUAUAAGCUUAUCCGUCGCACAAAAUUUGCCAGAUCGAGUACAAUUGAUUUGUUGGAAGGCUACAGGCCUUUGAGUGACGAGGAAGUCACUAUAAUGGAAUCAUACACCUCAAUGCCUUGGUAUCGCAGACUUUGGACAUAUGUGAACGUGAUUGACGAGAAGGAUUUGACAUAA